GUUGUCUCAGGAAUUGGCUGAACAGUUGCGUUUAGUAAUGGAACCGACUUUAGCUAGCAAGCUCCAGGGAGAUUACAAGACCGGGAAAAGAAUUAACAUGAAGAAGGUAAUUCCAUAUAUAGCAAGUCAUUACCGUAAAGAUAAGAUAUGGCUUAGGAGAACUCGGCCUAAUAAACGGAACUACCAAGUGGUAAUUGCCGUGGACGAUUCCCGCAGCAUGUCUGAGAGCGGUUGUGGAAGUUUAGCCAUUGAAGCAUUGGUGACUGUUUGCCGUGCAAUGUCCCAGUUAGAAAUAGGACAGCUAUCAGUUGCAAGCUUUGGUAAGAAGGGGAACAUUCGCGUAUUGCACGAUUUUGAUCAGUCAUUCACUGGAGAGGCUGGUAUCAAGAUGAUCUCUAGUUUGACUUUUAAGCAAGAAAACACAAUAGCAGAGGAACCGAUGGUUGAUCUUUUGAAGUACUUGAAUGACAUGCUUGAUGCUGCAGCUGCUAAUGCCCGGCUACCAUCUGGACACAAUCCUCUAGAGCAGCUUGUUUUGAUAAUAGCUGAUGGCUGGUUUCAUGAGAAGGAGAACAUGAAACGCUAUGUCAGGGAUCUCUUAAGCAAAAAGCGAAUGGUCGCGUUUCUUGUGGUGGAUAGCCUACAGAAAUCCAUAUUGGACCUUGAGGAAGCCACCUUUCAGGGCGGAGAUGUUAAGCUUUCGAAAUAUUUGGAUUCAUUCCCCUUCCCUUAUUAUGUUGUGCUCAAAAACAUUGAAGCACUUCCCAGGACACUUGCUGAUUUAUUAAGACAGUGGUUUGAGCUUAUGCAACACUCGAGAGAAUAGUUUGCCAACUCCGAGAGGUGUACAUAAUAUCUUUCUCAGCCUUUUGGCUCAGAUCAAGUGUACAGAUGAUUCAUGUAUUUAGGAGAAGCUCGGUAAAUCGCAUCCUCGCAAUCCAUCUCCUUACCGG